AGGAGUUUAAGGAUUUGAUCCUUACCGACGUGGCACUCUUCUCUCAUCUCUAUCAUCCUCUCCUCUCCCAAUCUUUCUCUCUCUUUCUAGCCUUCGAUGAAUUCUCUUCUUUCUCUUGACUUCCUUCUUCUCUUCAUAUCAUAUCAAACAGAGAGUGGAAAAAAGCCUUCAGAUACUCUCCUCCUCCUUCAAGCUCGCCUCUCUCCUCUGCCGCGAGAAUAACCCCUCCUCCGCAAUCAACCUUUUCCGAAACCCUGAUCCAGAAUCAACAAACCCAAAAAAAGCCUUCAGAUACUCCCUUCUUUGCUACGACCUCAUCAUCACGAAACCCGGAUUGGGAGUAAAGUAUCCAAACCUAUAAUGAUGCCAAGCAUUAUGCGAUUUCUGCAAAGAUUCCAGAGUUUAGCAAAAACAGGACUCUUGUUGUACAGUACUCUGUUAAAAUCUAACAAGACACUGAAUGUGGUGUCGCUUACAUCAAGCUCCUCUCUAGAUACGUUAACCAGAAGCAGUUUGGUGGUGAUACUCCUUACAGGUUAAACUUCAUGUCUUCUUUUAAUGAACAUUUAGUUCCUUGAAGGUUAUAUAUAGCAAUCUUAGUUUAGUUGCCUUGGUUUAGUUAGGUUGAGAUGUUUUUACUAUGUGGUCUUUACAUGGUGUUGUGUUUAGAAAUUUUGAUUAGUGCUUAUUUUUGUAUGCAGUCUAAUGUUUGGACCAGAUAUAUGUGGCACACAGACGAGUUGAAGCUGUUCAGUUCCCAUAGUGUUAAGUCUUAGUUUGAUUUAUUGGAGAAAGAAGCUGAGUUUGGUGGUAACAAGAGUUUGUUACUUGGAGAAAGAAGCUGAGUUUGAUUAGUGUUUGUUGGUGGUUUAUGAAUUGGAGGAUUAAUCUAUAAAUAGUUUUUUUUUUCCCUAAGAACUUCAAAAUAGAGUACACCAUUGGACAAACAUUUUUUAUUAGAAUCCUUAACUGUUUAAACAAAAAAAAAAUUAGAAAAAAAAAUGCAUUUAAUAAUGCUAAGGACUCCAAUGGUAGUAACACCAUUGGAGAUGCUCUAA